CGACCCCUUAUAUUUAUCUACAAUUACAUUAUCGAUCACCCAAAACAUCACCGCUAAAGAUUUUGAACUCGUCAGAAUCGCCUUUGAUUGAUUCGCUUUGAUCCCUCCAGAUCAAUUUGCUGGAGAGAGAGAGAGAUCCAAUGGCAGGAGCAGGUGGAUUUGUUGAGGCUGAUAAUGCAGAGGCAAUCAUCGCUAGGAUCGAAACCAAAUCUAGCAAGAUCGAAAGCUUACUCAAACAGUACAAACCCGUUGAAGCUCUAAAAACGGCUCUUGAAGGUUCACCUCCUAAAACUCUCGAUGAGCGUUGCAAGUCGGCUAAUUGGAUAGUUGUGCACAGAGCUUUAAUGGCGAUAAAGGAUAUUGAAGGAAUGCUGAAUGCUCUUGAUGUCGAGUAUUACGACAUUCUCAUGAAGUACUUGUACAGAGGCCUUUCCACUGGGGACCGACCUACAUGCGAUCAGUGUUUGAAGAUUCACGAGAAACUCACUGAGAGAGCUGGUCUCGGUUGCAUUCUCCGUUGUCUUACUGAUACUAUCAAUACCGUUUGAUCAUUGUAUUAUUACCACCAUUGUAUUACUUUAAAAAGACAUGAGUUUUUGUUUUGAUCAUACAUUCAUUGAA